AGCUGCGUCCGACCGAAAACGUUAUUAUUCCCCCAGCUCACCUGGACCGGGCUGCAGAGUGAUACCGGGUUUCAGGUUGACAUGCAGCAAAAGUUGUGCACGCGCAACACAACCUUUUUCGUGGAAAACGGCCAGGCUUGUGGUGCAGGGGCUCCAUCUCCACCCCCGUUCCGAUGCCCACGGUGUGGAGAGCAUGAGCGGUUCCAGAGCUUGGCUGCGUUGCGGGCCCACCUCGACUACAAUCACACAUACGAUCCAAGGCACAACCUCAGCCUCCCAGCCAGCAGGGGGUACUUAGGCUCUGACAGCAAGAGAGCCACUGCUGAGACGCAGACAACAAAGGACGCAGGCACUGACACACGCUCACACCAGUUCCCAUUCAGCUCUGAUUCCCUUCCACACGACCAGACUGAAGACACGUGCCCAGAACAGUCUGCUUCCCCGGAGAAGAGUGCCGAUGGUGGGGAGUUGUCCAUUGGCACCAGUCUCCUCUCUGCUCCAGUGCCCUCGGUGGGGCAGAGGCUGGAGGGCAUGAUAAGGACGGCCAGUAGCAGCAUGGAGCGACGACUGCUCCGGAUCAGCUCGGAACUGGCCCACACUGACACAGCACUUCUGUGUGAGCGCGCACACUCGCACCACCUGGCCCAGGAGCGUCAGGAAGUGCUGGAGCGGGAGCAAGCUCUCAGCAGACAGGUGAACGCCGCUGUCAUGGUCAUCGCCACGCUGCGCCAGCAGCUCAGCAUGUCCGAGCAUGAGCUGGAACGGAGGGAACAGGAAGUACUUGCUAUUCAGAAAUUUCUGGAAGCAGCAGCGCAGCAUGAGAUGUGCGGGAAAGUCCGUUUGCGGCGGUUCAUCGAGGGCCUCUUACGACGCAUUGCCCUAGCUGAAAGGCUGCUGGAGUAUUACCAGAAUACUCCCCAUGAGCACUACUGCACAGCCCACACGGUGGCUCCUUUAGCUGAGACAGGUCCCCAAAGAAUAACCAAAAGCAGGUCUACAGGAGAACAAUUGGUCCAUGACGAGGAACUGUCACAUGGGCAUCAGACUGGGUUUGGAGCAUCCCGGGCCUCUGGGGAGAGACGGGGUCAUCAUGGUUGGGUCCAGGGCAGGAGGUCAGAUAGUUAUGAGGUUUAGUUGUCUGGCUUGAGCCUUUCACUUAAUGUACUGUAUGUGUUUAAAAUGUAGUGUAUUGAAAUUGUAUUUUAAGCAAAUAAAUAUAUAGACAAAAACAGCGUUAAAGAAUAUAUAACAUUCCUGGGGAAAAAAUCUGACAUGGAUCUCAUACAGAGAGAUCCUUUUCAGCAAAAUGUGGAAAGGCAGUUCAUCUUGGUAGCACUCUUAAUCUUAUCUGAUUGCAAUAUUGUUUAGGUCAGGGUCCUGUAGUAUUCAGCUUUGUCUAGUGAUGGCAUGUUACUGUUCUGAUAAUCAGAAAACCCUGUUGAAUGCCUUUUACACUCCUUCUGUAGUGCUGUGAAGGUGCUAACAUACUGCUGACGUAGUGGACACAUGGUGAGACUGCCCUUUAAAAUCUAAUACAUAUGGCUACCUAAGUUAAUAGUUUACAUUCUGAAGAAUUGCAGUCUUGAUUCUAUAUUAUGGGAAUGGAAUGUCUGUUCAUAUAUGACCAUUACUCAAGUCAAUGCAGUAUUGCUGAACAGUGCCUUGCAUAAGUAUCCCCCUGCACUUAAUUGGGAUUAUAGGUCAUGAAUCUACACUAAAUAGCUCAUAAUAUUGAAGUGGGAGGAAUAUAGUUUUCAACAUUAUUUACAAAGUGACUUCCACCUGUGGGCUAGUAAAGUGUCCUAUGAUUUCAAUUGUCAUAUGACCUGUUCCUGGAAGAAAAUUAUAGCUAAAUAAACAGCAUCAUGAAGACUAAGGAUCUAUCAAAUCUGGGACAAAGUUCUGAUAAUGUUUCAGUCAGGGUUUGGUUAUAAGAAAUAUUUCAUACUUCAGAGUGUGCCGGCCAACGUGUCCGAGAAUGAUAAAGUUUACCAGACAAACUGGAACAAAUCUGGUCAUCUUAUUUCUGUGUUUAUUUUGCGCUGUAGCAUUUUGGAUUAUGCAUUUGUGUGGGUGGGGGCGUGGUCGAGCUUUAGCUGAUACAUGAUUCUGAACUGUGUUGGAUUAGUUUACUUGUGUGUGUUUGUGCUUUCAGUGCCUCCUGUAAUGAGUGGGAGAGAGAGAGAGGGAGAGAGAGACACAGACAGACAGACAGUUGACCAGCACAAAGACGUGUGAGUGGUUGAAUGAUUUGAAUAAUGCGAGCAAAUCAGAGAACACGAGAAGCAUAUGGAGAAAAAAAAUUGCACAGACAGAGACCUUAUUUAAAUGUGCAAUUGUGAACAUACUUUAGUGUAUGCUUUGUGUUAAUAUUUUUACCAGACAUUGUGUCCAACAGUUUUUGAUUUUAUCGGAUGUUUUAAAUUUUCACCGGUCAAAAACCAGUAUUUACUGGCUAAUGGAAACUGUGCCAUACUUUGAACAUUCGGUGGAGCAUUAUUAAAGCCAUUAUGAAAACAUGGAAAGAAUUUGACACACCCACAUCUCUGCCUAGUGGAGGCCAUCCACCAAAACUCUCUGGUCUGAUGUUUGGUGGAAACCCAACACUGCUCAUCACCCUGAGAAGAACAUCCCCACAGUGAAGCAUGGUGGGGGGUAGCAUCACACUGAGCAUUGCACUUGGCCUCUUGGUUACAUCUCUGAAUAAUGCCCUCCUUACACUGUUACUGACCCCCUCCUCUAAGCAGGGUCGCAGUUGUGCCAUAUUCUUUCCAUUUUUAUACCUCGGUCACUAGGUUGUGGAGGCAUUUUUUUUUCAGGUUAUGUGUCAAUCUGCGAUUGGGUGAAUUGAUCCAAACAGUAUCAAGGUCACUGCAAGGACAGAUGUAUGAAAUAAUUUUUCUUCAGUAGCUUUCUUCCUGUUUUUAAGUGUAUUGUAAGAGUAUUUGAGACACACAACUUAGUAAUAAAAAGGAUUAGACUAGUUGGUGACGAAGGCAUCGCUGUCAACACUGUUGGCAUUGAGUACUACAUGUUUAAUAAUGGGUUUAAUGUUGCUCUGCGGGAUGUUAAAAAAUUGGGAUAUAUAUUUUUUAAAACUAAACCUUGUUUUGAUAGUUUCUUGGUCUUCAUGACUGUUUGCUUAUUCAUGUUCUCUCAUAAACUUUUCCAGGAACAUGUGUAUUUAUAUUGAGGUCACGUAAUACUUUACUUGGACACAGCUGAUUGCACUAGAACUAAUUUAGGGUUUUAAGAGCAACAUUUAUAAAAAAAAAUUUUUGGCAAUUAAUUUUAAUAAGUUUGGGAGGGGGUACUUGUGCAAGGCCCACUUAAAAAAUGUCAUGCAAAGAUUUUGUGUAUGUUAGUCGACAACACAUACUAAAAGACCGUGUUAUCCAAAUAUUAAAUAUGUUAGUUGGCCUGUGUUUGUUUUUCUACAUUUUAAGGUGCUGUUGCACACAGUGAAUGUCUGAGAUAUUGAUAUUAUCUGAAUGCAUUUGUGCAUAUAAUCAAUAUUUUAGUGGUGCUGUUGCCUGGGACUGUAUACCCUUAUCAUAACCAGUAUUAUCACAACCAGUAUAGUCCGUGUUAUAUGGAAUGCUUCCUAACAGUAGCCAGGAUUAUGUAAAAUUCCACAUUAACAAGAAAAAAAUAUCUUACCGUCAAUAUUAGCUCAACCUGCUAUUCAUAAUGUGUGAGUAUGUCUGACAUUUUACACUGCUGUUUGACCUGUGUGGGGUGACAGUAACCAGAGCAAU